ACGAGCCUCGAGGCGCGCCUGCGCGUUGCCCACCGAGCCGGCGGCGACCUCCUCUCUUUUACUUUCCUCACUGCGAAGGGUUUCCCGGAGGCAGCGGUGCUGCGUCCUCUUCUUCUGAAGAGUCAAGCCGCGGUCGGUGAGGCCGGAGGGGGCCUGGCGGCUCCUUUCCCGGGCCGCCAUGUCCGUGUUAAGCUGGAAGCCGUUCGUCUACGGCGGGCUGGCUUCGCUCGUGGCCGAGUUCGAUAAAAUGGCUACUGAAGGAGACAGUUCUGGGACAGAAGAAACCACAUGGCAAUUACUUCUAGCUGAGCCAGCACAAUGGACCUUGUUUUACUGUGUGGAAAGGAGCUUUGAUCUGAUAUAUCGCACCCAUCACUAUCUGUAUGGACCUUCCCUGUAGAUCUCACCAAAACACGACUUCAAGUCCAAGGCCAAAGUAUUGAUGCCCGUUUUCGAGAGAUCAAGUACCGGGGCAUGUUUCAUGCUUUGUUCCGCAUCUCUAGGGAGGAAGGCAUUCUGGCACUCUAUUCUGGGUAAAGCUUUGUCCCUCCUCUCCCUGCCAGUCAUCCCUCAGUGCCUCAGGAUUGCUCCAGCCUUGUUAAGACAAGCAUCUUAUGGCACCAUAAAGAUUGGUAUAUACCAAAGUUUAAAGCGACUUUUCGUGGAUCGUUUAGAAGAUGAAACAUUACUGAUCAAUGUCAUCUGUGGGGUAGUGUCGGGGGUUAUCUCCUCUGCACUGGCAAAUCCAACAGAUGUUCUGAAGAUCAGAAUGCAGGCUCAGGGCAGUCUGUUCCAAGGAGGAAUGAUAGGAAGCUUCAUAGACAUCUAUCAACAGGAAGGCACGCGAGGACUCUGGAGAGGGGUAGUUCCGACUGCUCAGCGAGCCGCCAUUGUGGUGGGAGUCGAACUGCCUGUCUAUGAUAUCACCAAGAAGCACUUAAUCCUUUCAGGACUUGUGGGAGACACAAUUCUCACUCAUUUUAUAUCCAGUUUUACAUGUGGGUUAGCAGGUGCCAUUGCUUCAAAUCCAGUGGAUGUGGUGCGGACCCGUAUGAUGAAUCAGCGGGCCAUAGUAGGGAGUGUGGACCUUUACAGGGGUACACUAGAUGGUCUGAUAAAGACUUGGAAGAGUGAGGGUUUCUUCGCACUGUACAAAGGAUUCUUGCCAAAUUGGUUGAGGCUUGGCCCCUGGAACAUCAUUUUUUUUAUCACCUAUGAGCAACUGAAGAGACUCCCUUUCUAGGGACCAAUUCAGAUUGGUGAUCCACCUGCUCUUUCUGCUCAGUGCCCUUACCUUGCAUCUUCAUGCUCUUUGCCUAUUUGGACUGUGGCUGUCACCCCUACUCUGAAUGCUCAGUCUUAGGUGUGUGGCUUGGAUGUCAAGGAGAGAAAUACACGAGAGAGUCUUUUGCAUGUGCUUUCCCACAAGGAGAAAAAGAGACUGGGCAGGGAGAGUGUAUGGGUCCAAGGCGGUAUCUUCUGUGAAGAUCUUUGUGUUCAAGAAGUCCUUCCCAGGGCAGCUGCUUGCAAUAUGGAUUUUGCAGUAGGCUGUGCCUUCCCCUGACCUGUGCCUCGGACAAGAGGGGAUUCAAGGAGACUGCUACAUUCCCUCCAUUGUCAUGUGACCUUAUUAAACUAUUUAUUGGA